CCGGAACUCCGCCCUGCAUCGUGUAACCCGAAGUAGGCAUGAAUGGCGGCCGCAGCGGCGACAAACGGGACACCCGAGGGGCCGGGAGCCGCAGAGCCCAAGGAGGCGCGCGUCUGGCGCUGCCUGGAGCACGACGACCGCGUGGCCGAGCUCUUCUGUCGCCGCUGCGACCGCUGCGUGUGCGCCUUGUGCCCAGUGCUGGGCGCGCACCGCGGCCACCCUGUCCGCCUGGCUUUGGAAGAGGCGGCGCUCGUGCAGAAAAUUACCCAAAACUGUUUAAAGCAGUUGGCAACCAAAAAGCAACAAGAAGUUGAUAACAUAACCCAGAUAGAAGAUGCUGCUGAGAAGCUCAAGGCUCAUGCAGAGUCAAGUAAAACCUGGUUGGCAGGGAAGUUCUCAGAACUCAGAUUACUGCUCGACGAAGAGGAGGUGCUGGCCAAGAAAUUCAUCGACAGAAACAUGCAGCUUGCCCUGCAGGCGUACAGACAGCAGAUCGAGUCUUGUGGGGAGCACAUCAAUGUCAUGAAUGAUCUCUCCCACAGAGCCUGGAGCAUCAGCCAGGAACCCGAUCCUGUACAACGGCUGCAGGCAUACUCGGCCACCAGGCAGGAGAUGCAGCAGCAGAUGAACCUUGGGGAGCUGUGUCACCCCGUGCCCCUCUCCUUCGAGCCUGUCAAGAGCCUCUUUAAGGGCCUUGUGGAAGCCAUUCAGAGUGCACUUCAGAUGCCACUGGACAUUCGUAUUAAGGAAAACAUGAACUGCCAGCUCUCGGGCUCCUCCAGCACCAAGCCAGGUACCUUGUUGAAAACAGGCCUCUCUCCGGAACGAUCACUCUUCUUAAAAUAUGCGCGGACCCCGACGUUGGAGCCGGACACGAUGCACGCGCGGCUGCGUCUCUCCGCCGACCGUUUGACGGUUCGUUGCGGACUGUGGGGCCGCCUGGGGCCGGCGUCCGCGCUGCGUUUCGACGCGCUGUGGCAGGUGCUGGGCCGCGACGGCUUUGCCGCCGGCCGCCACUACUGGGAGGUGGACGUGCAGGAGGCUGGCGCCGGCUGGUGGGUGGGCGCGGCCUACGCCUCCAUGCGGCGCUGCGGGUCCUCAGAUGCCGCCCGCCUGGGCUGCAACCGCCAGUCCUGGUGCCUGAAGCGCUACGACCUGGAGUACUGGGCCUUCCACGACGGACAGCGCAGCCGCCUGCGGCCCCGCGACGACCCCGACCGGCUCGGCGUCUUCCUGGAUUACGAGGCCGGCGUCCUGGCCUUCUACGACGUGACGGGCGGUAUGAGCCACCUGCACACCUUCCGCGGCACCUUCCUGGAGCCGCUCUACCCGGCCCUGCGGCUCUGGGAAGGCGCCAUCAGCAUCCCCCGGCUGCCUUAGGGGCCGCGACCCGAAUGGCCGCUUCGCGACCGAAUGGCCGCUCAACGUGCGACCGUUGCGACAGCCUCUGGUGUCACCCCACCUAGACGGGACUAGGCCACUGCCUCCUGUGACACCGUGCUCAUCCGCCUCCCCGGCCAGUGAAGCCCGGUGCUUUGAGCAGUUCUCUCCUAGCUUCGUUUCCGAUUUGCCCUAAAGAAGCAUAAGCUGCGGCUCUCUCGUCGGCCAUCCCGCCAGAGCGCUUCAACUACAGUGCUUCUAGUUGAGGUUCCUGAAGGUGACUGUCCACACUGAGCUGCAAGCAUCAUGACUUCGUCAGAGUACAUUAUCCUCAGCUUCCGAACCUCCAUGCAGCACCUAGAACGAUGCCUGGCACAUAGUAGGUGCACAAGAAAUAUUUUAAUGGAGAGCCAGAGUCACUCAACUCUGACUCUUCUGUCCCUUAACUGUCUCUUGGAUCGGCCUUCUCUCUACUUCAGUUUGUCCAUGUCACUUCCCUUCGGAGCAGCUGGAGAGUCUCUUACCACCUGCUGGUCUGAAUCCUCUUCCAUCCUCACCCUCCCCCUUAGAGCCAUAGUUAUCUGCCUAAAAUCUCACUUAACUCUUAGAGCCAUCUAGGAGCUCCCCAAAGACAAGGGGAAAAACAAGCACUUGACUCUAGCAUUCAAGGCUUUUCUAGUCUGCCCCCAAACUAUUCACCCUCAUCAGGUUCUUAUUGCUCUUCUCAGGGACCUUCUGAUCAGAACUCUGUGUCAUGAAGUCCCACCUUGGCACCUUUGACUUUGCUGUUAUCCUCCCCCAGGCCAUCACAUACACAUUUAUACAGGGAAGCCCUUUCUUCUUCCCUCUGCCUGCCUCAGUCUUCCCCAGGCUUACCUGUUCCUGGAAUUCUCCCCAAGCCACAUGAAUCUCUUUCUCUUAGAGCCACAAAUCUGGGACCUAUCUUUCCAAUCAUAUGGGACACUUUCUGAGGGCAGCUAUGCCGUACAUACUCCCCACCCUGAACGUUCAGGUGGUGAGUAAAUGACUAGCAGCUGGCUGUCAUUGACUCACAGAACAAGUGAGCUGGGAGGGCCUUUAGAUCACCCAGCCUGACCUCAUUGCGCAUUUGGGGUCCUGAAAGAGAAUUGCUAAUAAUCCCUCACAGUGACAUCUGGGCCAGGCCUGGAGCCACCUCUUGUUUCCUGUCCCCUACCCUCCAGAAAAGUGUCUUAUCUGCCCUCUGGCCCAACCCCUCUGGACCCGCUUUCAGCCUGGGGGAUUUUACUGCUUAUUCAUUUCUCAGGGGAUGUUGGGAAGAAAUCAGCAGGUGACUGAAGCUAAGCAACCACAGGUAGUCUUCCCAGCUGUCUUGGGACAAAUAGUAAAGCCAUGAGUGGGGUGUGGGCAACCCCAGACAUCCCCAUGCUCCUCAAAUCCCUCAAAUCCAGGUGUUGCCAAGGAAAUCCAGACAGCCCAGUUUUCCAGACGGAGUGACAGAAAUAGAGAAGGCCACACCAGCAGGUCCCCAUAGGGAGCCAGCUCCUGUAGUGGGGGCGGCGGGGGGGUGGGAAGUAGGCCUCUUUCCAGGGUUUGUGCCUCAGUUCUUAAGGUUCAGCAUCCUGAUUUUGUCAAAUUCCCUGGAUGUGGCUUGAAGCAAUACUGUGUUAAAGCAUCUUCUUGGUGGGGAGGGCAGUGAUAGGGUGAGGAAGAUGCCAAGCCAAAGCCCGCUCGUAGCCUCAGUGCAUUAACGAGGCUUGCCAUGUGAAUCUGCCAAUUUCCAAUCGUUUUGACCUAAGAGUGGCACUUUCAUGUGAGUCAACCUAAUAUAAGUAGAAUACAAGGUAGAAGAAACCUCCAAAGUACCUUUAAAACUAGCUGGAUAGAUGUCUAAGCAUUGUACUGCAGGAAUCCCCCAAAAAAGGGAAAUUAAUUCUACUGGGAAUGGCCCAGAGCCUAAUUCUGACGGGCAGAGGACAUUGCAGAUGUAGGGAAGGUGGGUACACUUGACCCCACAUCUCUGUCUAUCCCUGAGGACCAAAACUUGUUCCUUGACCCACAGCCAUAGGGGCCAAGUAAAAACAGCAGUGACUCUAGUGCUGGAGACUGUUACGGAUUGAAUUGUGUUCUCUCCUCCCCACCACAAAAAAAAUGUGUGUCAACUUCGCUACUCCAUGAUUGCCAGUAUCGUGUGAUUUUCCAUCAUUUUGUCAUCUGAUGUGAUUUUCCUAUGUGUUGUAAAUCCUAUCUCUGUGAUGUUAAUGAGGUGAGGUUAGAGGCAAUUCUGUUAAGGAGGUAGGACUUAAUUUACAAGAUUAGGUUAUGUCUCAGAUCAGUCCCUUGAGAUGUAAAAGAGUGAAGCAAGCAGAGAGACACGGGGACCUCAUACCACCCCCUGUGCUGAGAAGCUUCUCUGCCAAGGAAGAUUGAUGACAAGGACCUUCUUCCAGAGCCUACAGAGAGAGAAAGCCUUCCCCUGGAGCUGGCACCCUGAAUUCAGACUUCUAGCAUCCUAGACUGUGAGAAAAUAAAUUUAUCUUUAUUAAAGUCA